AUGGUGCGCCGGGGGCUGCUUGCGUGGAUCUCUCGGGUGGUGGUUUUGCUCGUGCUUCUCUGCUGUGCCGUCUCCGUCCUCUACAUGUUGGCCUGCACUCCCAAAGGCGACGAGGAGCAGCUGGGGCUGCCCAGGGCCAACGGCCCCACAGGCAAGGAAGGCUUCCAGGCCGCCCUGCAGGAGUGGGAGGAGCAGCACCGCAACUACAUCAGCAGCCUCAAGCGGCAGAUCGCACAGCUCAAGGAGGAGCUGCAGGAGAGGAGCGAGCAGCUCCGGAAUGCGCAGUACCAGGCCAGCGAUGUCGCGGGCCUGGGCCCCGAGCCGGGCGCUCCCGAGAAAACCCAGGCCGACCUGCUGGCCUUCCUGCACUCGCAGGUGGACAAGGCGGAGGUGCACGCCGGCGUCAAGCUGGCCACCGAGUACGCCGCAGUGCCUUUCGACAGUUUCACCCUGCAGAAGGUGUACCAGUUGGAGAUGGGCCUGACCCGCCACCCUGAGGAGAAACCCGUGAGGAAGGACAAACGGGAUGAGUUGGUGGAGGCCAUCGAAUCGGCCUUGGAGACCCUCAACAGCCCCGCAGAGAACAGCCCAAACCAGCAUCCUUACACGGCCUCAGAUUUCAUCGAAGGGAUCUACCGCACAGAGAAAGAUAAAGGAACUUUGUAUGAGCUCACGUUCAAAGGGGACCACAAGCACGAAUUCAGGCGCCUUGUCCUGUUCCGACCGUUUGGCCCUAUCAUGAAAGUAAAAAAAGAAAAACUCAACAUGGCCAACACGCUCAUCAACAUCAUCGUGCCACUGGCAAAGCGGGUGGACAAGUUCCGACAGUUCAUGCAGAACUUCAGGGAGACAUGCAUCCAACAGGAUGGGAGGAUUCAUCUCACCGUUGUUUACUUUGGGAAAGAAGAAAUGAAUGAGGUCAAGGAAAUACUUGAAAACACUUCCAGAGCUGCCAACUUCCGGAACUUUACCUUCAUCCAACUGAACGGUGAGUUUUCCCGGGGGAAGGGCCUGGACGUAGGAGCCCGCUUCUGGAAGGGGAGCAACGUCCUUCUCUUUUUCUGUGACGUCGACAUCCACUUCACCUCCGAGUUCCUCAACACGUGCCGGCUGAACACACAGCCAGGGAAGAAAGUGUUUUACCCAGUCCUCUUCAGUCAGUACAAUCCCGCCAUCAUCUACGGCCACCACGAUGCGGUCCCUCCCUUAGAGCAGCAGCUGGUCAUAAAGAAGGAAACUGGAUUUUGGAGGGACUUUGGAUUUGGGAUGACAUGUCAGUACCGGUCAGACUUCAUCAACAUAGGCGGGUUUGACCUGGACAUCAAAGGCUGGGGCGGAGAGGACGUGCACCUGUACCGCAAGUACCUGCACAGCAACCUCAUAGUGGUGCGCACGCCCGUGCGGGGCCUCUUCCACCUCUGGCACGAGAAGCGCUGCGUGGACGAGCUGACCCCCGAGCAGUACAAGAUGUGCAUGCAGUCCAAGGCCAUGAACGAGGCCUCCCACGGGCAGCUGGGCAUGCUGGUCUUCCGGCACGAGAUCGAGGCUCACCUUCGCAAGCAGAAACAGAAGUCCAGCAGCAAAAAAACAUGA